AUGUCCUCCACAGACAGCUCCUCGCAGGAGCUGCACGGCACAACCCUGACGGUCGACCAAUCUGUCUCUUUGACCAUCGCCGCCAACUCGCUCCUCAUAUUAGAUGACCGCUCGCCUCGCAAAGACCGUCGCUGCUGCGGAUUACUCCAGUCUAAUCCAGAAACCAACCAUGCCAUCCCGUUGUACAAUAUCCUCGGCGCCGAAGUCACCGCUUCUAAUCUCGUCAUCGCCUACGCACACCCUGCUGCCAAGGACCAAGUUUCCGUAACGACCGCCCAAUACCCGAUAUCCGAAAAAGAAAAAAGGGUCGUCGAGACAUGGGUACAGCAACUACUUGAUAUGGCGUAUGGCAAGGCACUGCGUGGCAAACGGCUGAAGGUAUUGGUCAAUCCUUUUGGUGGGAAGGGCACAGCUGCCAGUUUGUAUCAGCGAUAUGCGGCACCAGUUUUCGCCGCGGCAAAGUGCCAGGUGGAUGUACAGAACACGGAACAUAGGGGUCAUGCAAUUGAAAUUGCGGAAAAUCUCGAUGUCGACGCGUACGAUGCGGUCGUUUGCUGUUCUGGCGACGGCUUGCCCUACGAGGUGUUCAAUGGGCUGGGUAAGCGUCCAGAUGCUCGAAAAGCGCUAGCGCAAACCGCCGUUGCACUUCUCCCAUGUGGCUCUGGAAAUGGGUUGACAUGGAAUGCCUUCGGGACUGGUAGCGUCUCGAUUGCGGCGCUGGCAAUCGUCAAGGGGCUGAGAACCCCGCUGGACCUCGUCUCAAUUUCCCAGAAAGAUUCGCGCACGCUCUCUUUCCUCUCGCAAUCUUUUGGUAUCGUCGCCGAGUGUGAUUUGGGUACUGAGAAUAUCCGUUGGAUGGGCGCUCAGCGGUUUACAUACGGUUUCCUGGUCCGUUUGAUGCGGCAGACCAUAUGGCCUUGUGAUAUAGCCAUUAAGGUGGACAUUGGCGACAAGGAGGCUAUUAAGGAACACUACGCUAUGUGGUCUACACGUCCACUAGAGCCGGAUGCUGACACCAAACGUUUCGAGAUUGCUGCAGAGUCCCCAGGUCUACCAGAGCUCAAGUACGGUACAGUGACGGACGAACUACCCCAGGGGUGGGAGGUAAUUUCGGGAGAAACCAUGGGCAAUUUCUAUGCGGGAAAUAUGGCCAUCAUGUCGAAAGACACAAAUAUGUUCCCUGCAACAUUGCCGGACGACGGCCUGAUAGACGUGAUCACUAUUGACGGAACAGUCAGCAUUGGUACAUCGAUUAGUAUGAUGAACGAAAUCCCCAGUGGUCGCUUCUUCGAUAUGCCAGAUCUGAAUAUCCGCAAAGCUUCUGCGUUCCGUCUAAGUCCCCACAAGAAGGAGGGCUACAUCAGUAUUGAUGGUGAACGGGUGCCUUUCGAGGCGUUCCAAGCCGAGGUCCACCAGGGACUGGGCACGAUACUCACCAAAUCAGGCCGUCUCUAUGAGGCGGCAGGUCCUCGCUAA